AUGACUCCUCGCCCCGUCCCGGAAGGAGGCUUGAGUUUCAGCCACCAUCCCUCGGUCGCUGCGCUCAACAUACCAGCAAUAGACUUUGCCUCAGCACGCAAGUUCAUCUCAGCCGCGGCCACUGGCGCCCUCGUUUUCUCGAGAGCCACUGGGGAAGACCGGGUCCUACUCAUCCAGCGGGCAGCGCACGACUCGAUGCCCCUGCGCUGGGAGAUACCCGGAGGUGCCGUUGACUUGGAGGACGAGACAUUGCUCCACGGCCUGGCCAGGGAGCUAUGGGAGGAGGCAGGGCUGCGGCUCAAGAAUGUGGUGCGUCAGGUCGGGGAGGAGCAUGUCUUUCUGACCAGGAGGGGGCUUGCUGUGGCCAAGGUCACUUUUGAGGUCGAAGUCGAAACCCCGACGGCAGCCGAGUCUGAGGAGGAGGCUCUGCCUGAGGUAGUCAUUGACCCGAACGAGCAUGCCCGGUUUCUUUGGGCGACAGAGGAGGAGUGCCGACUGGGCAGAGUCGCGAUCCACGGAGACACUGGAGAGAACGAGGUGGUAGAGAUCACCUUUACUACGAAGGCCCAAAGGGAAGUUAUCUUCCUUGGUUUCAAGCUCAGAAGAGUGGCGGCAAACUUGCCAGAAUGA